AGGGGGUGUGUUUUUAAUCUUUCAGCAGUUCCUCAGUCCUUGGGGAGAUCAGUCAGGCGCGGGGGUGCGGGAUAUGCUGUCGACUUCCUUCUUCUUCCUUCGUUCUCCAGCAAGGAUCAAGUAGAUCUCGGAACUGUGUCGUCAGGAAGACGAUGGUAGGAACUGAGCAGGAAGACUGCGGUGGGCUGUUGUGAUUUCGCUGAUGUCUGACUGACUCAACAGACUUCCUCUUACAGAUCAGGAGAAUAUUGACUUCGUGUUCUGGAGCCAUUGUCAGAUUGAGCUGGGUCUGAGAACAGAUGUUACCUGAUUUAUCAUUCCUGCUGUGAAACACACACAUCAGAAAACAUGAGCGCGUCAGACAUGGCAUCCAAACUGUCAGGCAUGUCCUUUGCCUUCGGCCUGCGGACACAAUUUGCAGAGCUGGUCAAGCGGACAAAGGAUCAGAUGGAUGAAUCAGAGGAGUCGGAACAGCCGCCGAGUGAAGAGACAGCCGAGUCUGCCACCACAGAGGAGAAGCAAGAAGCAACUGCCUCUCCUGCAAGUCCAGAACAGCAGGCUGCUGAGAAAGCCGAACCGACAGGGGAUAACAUUUCUCAGCAUAAGUCUCCUGAGGAGAAGCCCAGAAGUGUUCGGGAUAUGAUCGCUCGUUUCCAAGGAGGAGACAGUGGUGGCAGUUCUCCACGUAAAAGUCGCCCCAAGGAGCCCAGCAAACCAAGCCCUGAGCCACCCGCGAAGGACAAGCAGAGAGAAGUGGUGAAGAAAGAAGGAGAGAAGCCAAAGGAGGAAAAGAUAGCAACUAAAGCAGGAGUUACUGCUGUUGCUUCAAAACCUCCUGCCACAGAACAGACUUCCACAGUUGGUUCCAAACCAACAGAACAUGUAGAACAAGCCAGUGAGAAGCCUGCAAUGAAUUUAGUAACUAGAGCAAUUAGAGGUAUUGAGCAGAAAGCAGAGACAGUUCUAAACAAACAAAAGGACACUCCAGUAGUAGUGCCAGUUACCAAAGAAAAGGAGGUGGCACCUGUUGUAACAGAGAGCAAACCAAAAGAAGCUCCUCCAGUUGAGCCAAGCAACAGUAAGACUGAAAAGCAGACUGAGCCAGUGGAAGAAACAUCUACAGUUGAAGUAAGAGGAAAAGAUCCGGACAUUGCGAAGCCUGUACAAAAAGUACCAGCACAUAGAAAGCAGCGCAGUGUUGAGAAACAAACUCGACAAGAAAGGAACCAGGAGGUAAAGAAGGAGACCCCUGUAGCUCUGGUUUCACAAGAAAGUCCACCUGUGCAGCAAGUGCAGGCUGAUCAGCCUCCUCCCUCAGAAGAUCAAGGCAAAGGUGCUGUGCCACAGAAAGCUCCUCCAGAAGCAGGCAAAGGUGGAAAGGCUGAAGUGCCGUCUCAUCUUGCCGUGAGAAAGGCCAAGAAAAUCAUUCCUCGUGAUCGCAGCAGUAGUUAUGACCCGGAGUCAGAUCACAGCGGAGAUGGAACAUCGAGUGAUGAGGGUCCCGCGAGCAGGGCUGGCAGCGUCAUCAUGUCAUCCCCAGAGCCAUCGCCUGAUGAGGAGGAGAUGGGCUGUAAGACUUUCAUGGAGAUGUUUGUCAGUAAUGUCUUCAAUGGCAGCCCUGUUGGUCCAGAUGAACAGUCCCACUUUGGAGAAAUGUGUCGGAAACCAGCGGGAAGGAAAUGGUUUGCCAGACAAGUCAACAGUGAGAGGUGUAACACCAAGUGCGUCAGUGAAACAACGUUCUAUCGCCUAGUGCAGUGUUUUGCUAUAGCUCUUUUUGAAUGCGGAGAGGCAGACGAUUUCAUCCCUGCCAAGAUUCUCAUGAACAUGUGCUUCACUUUCUACUAUGAAGUGGAUCAACCUGAGCCUGGGAAGGAGCAGAAGGUUUUCCUGUACAUGUACCUGAAGGACCAGCCAGUCUGGAAGAGCAUACGUUUCUGGAAUGCAGCCUUCUUUGAAUCAGUCCAACACGAGCGUACACAGAGAGGCGCACCAUCUACCAGGGAGGGUUGGCGUUCCUUGUCCUCUGAGGAGAGACAGGAUUCCCACAAGGCAAAUGAGAACAUCACCUUUGGACAACUGGGUACCUUUACCAGUAACAUGGUGGCGUUUGGGCUCAGCAAGGACCUGAUCCUGGAGUUCUUGAGGAAGCAGAGCAUCAUUGGUAACCUGAGUUCUGACCAGUAUGACAUGCUGAAAGAACAUGUGGAAAAGGAGGAGGUCAUCCGCCAAUCACAGCCAGAAAACCCCCACAGCCCCGCCCCAACCCCUUCCCCUGUGGCCGAGACGCCCCCUGCCCCAGCAGACAAGGAGAGUCCCCAGAGGGAGAGGAACAACUCUGGCUCCAAGAUGCUCACGGCUGGUUUAAGCAGUCUGCGCAAGAUCAGCACCAGCCUGAAGACAUGGAAGACUAGCAAUGGGAACAAGGAGAAGGAGAAGGAGUGAACUACGUAACAUUGGUGCACUCAUCCAAGACUCAUGCAAUGUGGCAUAAACGUAUGCAGUUUUAAUUUUGUACCAAAGUUUAUGUUAAUUGUAUUGUGGCAAUCAGAUUAUAAUUUUUUUAUGGGAAAUGUUUUUAAUUUCACUUCAUAAGCAAAUUGUAAUUAUCCUAAGCUUCAAGUAUCUAGGUAUACGUAUAGAAGCUUAGUAUCUAAGUAUACGUAUAGAAGCUUAUAGUGUAUCGUCAAAGUCAACAGAACUGUUGACAUCAUCAGGCAGCUUUGUUGUAGAUAGGAAUGCCACUAUUCACUCCAUUCACAUUUCAUGGAAACUGUUUUUAGAAGUAGAGCUUUUGCCUUUGGAGAUUUUACUGGUUUUAGCAACAGAACACUACUUCAACAGGAUUUGGCAGCAUUAUAUAGAAAUAGAUAUAGAUAUGUACAGCUAACAAAACACCGUCAAAUAUCCCUGGAAAAACUAAUUGUUAAGUGGUAUUAGAUAGUUAUAGGGCAUCUUUGUAGGUACAGCAUCUAUGUAGGAGUUAUUGUUAGGGUGUGAGGAAAUGAAGGAUAGAGGGGGAAAAGGACAUUCCUUGACUUCACCCUUCCUGUGUGAUGUUGAUCACACACUCUAAAGGUUCAACUGUUCCUAUUGAUAUUGUAUAGCUACCAGAGGUCAAAAUGUUAAUUGAAGCAAGUCCAAGACGGUGAUUGGUGACCCCACCAGUUGUUUAACUGGCCAGAUACCACUGGCCACAGUUUGGUGCUUCCACAUUCCUGCAUGGUGUCUGUCUGUCGUAACUUACAGCUAAUACAUUUGCAAAUCAGGUGGGUGCAAGUGAUUUGUAUUUAAGUGCAAUAAUGUAGGAAAGUGUGUAGUCUUCAUGUGUGUCAGAAGAAAUGGUAACCUUUGCAUUAACUAAAUACUUAGUAAUGCUGGUCUUCUAGCUCUAUGUGUGCUUGCGCAUUCCAUAUCUGUUGGAGAGUCAGCAUAACCAGGGGUAUGGUGCAAAGAUGUAGAAGUAGAUGUUCUGUGAACAAAUCAACAUAGUAAUGAUGAUGACAAUGUAGCUAGGACUGCUACAUCUAAAACAGUCUACAAAGGACAAUAGAUGCAAAUGUACACAAGACAAUGUUGGUUAGUCUUGCACUGGACUGACUGAAUCAAAAUUUGUAUGUCGGGCCAUUUUAAUAGGAGGAAAACUAGAUUGGCCAAAUAUUGAGGAAUUUUAGCAAGAUUGUCAAGAUUGAUAAGUGGGCACCUCCCAGGCAAGAUAAUGCUGAAAUGCAGAUACAAAAUGUAAUUGAUUAUUGGAUGGUACAUAAAACUAUUAGGCAGCUGCUUUAGCAUGGAAAGCAAAGAUAUCUGCAAACUUUCAAGUUGUACCCAAGUUGGCUUUUGAAUCAGUGGUUGUUUUUAUGGACAUUGGUGUAGCGUGCUCCAGUAUGUAGUGGUCCAAACUGUACAUGAUUGUGUAGUGGUAUAAUUGUACACUGGUGUUAGGAGUGUCACAUUGUCACAUCCAAGGCAGUUGCAUGACAAAAAGCAUUGUCACCUCAUCUGUCUGACUUGGGAGAUGCCAUGUGUCACAGAAAAUUACAACAUGAAGGUGAUCUACAAAUUGUAUCCUUGUUUAUAUAUGAAGUAAACCCAUGUAAGGUUAGCAGAAGCCAGACUUUGUAAUUUGAACUUCAAUGUACCAGUCAAGCCAAGUCGAUGUGAAUUAUUUCUGCUUAUAGUUGGGGGUUACUCUCAUUGGAAACCUUCAAUCAAACUUAAUUAGGAAAAUAGUUAUACCAUCUGGAAAGUGCUACCAUCUUUUGAUUGUAAAUGAAGGAUAGAAAGGAAAAGAAAGAGGAAAUGUUGUAUGCAGCCAUUAAUGAUGACUCAUGAUAAGUGUUUGGAUUAUUGUCGUAUUUCACAUGACCAGACAUUAUAUGAUAUAAACUACUAAAGUUGGUCUUGUCAGAGUAUUCUCUUUGUCAAUGCUGCCAUACCUGUAUAUCUUCGUACAUGUCAAAUGUGAGAAGAACAAAUCUACUUCUGACUGUGUAGGACAAACCAGUGAUGUUCACUAUUGUGGUAUGAUGUAAACACAGACAGGUGUAUAGGUGAUAUAUUGUUAGAAAGGAACCUGAAGUAGAGGCAAUGGCUAUACUACAAACCUAGCACUUGCUGCGACAUAUUAGAUAUACAUUUGGUGACAAUUGUGAUGAUAGUUAGACAUGUAUUGAUAUAGAGAUAUGUUUAAGUCCUACACACCUUCUGUCGCCUCAAGGACCACUAGGCGCAGAAGAGGAUUGAGUGAGUGAGUGAGUGAGUGGGUGUUAAGUCCUCCAAAUUGUAAUUUCUAUGUAAAGCUUGCCUGUGUAUAGAAGUACAGUAAAUGUAUGCAGUACUAGUGUAUAGGAAUUGUGUAGCGGCAAUAUUGUAGACAUGAACUAGAGAAUGUAUAUGUAGCAAAAAGUAGAACAUAUCAGAGGUAUAUAUGGAUAUCAUUGAAUGUGCAAUCAUGAUGCAGUCCACCCAAUGCGUUAUGACAGCUUUGUGGAAAUUGUUGUUACCGGUACUGGCUACGUAUAUGUAAGCGAGUGUGUGUUCUGAUGGCCCCACUGAAGAUGGUCUAAGAUGACCACACGCACUGUUAGUGAGUGAGACAGUCACAACAUGAAUGAUGUAUGUCACUGGUGUAUUCUGCAUUUCUCAAAUAUAUUCAUCAAAGAAACGACUACAUGUGCAACAUAAAUGUAUUCAACCAUAUAUUGUUUUUAUGACUACUCUGUAGCCAUGUCGUGUUACAUGAUGAAGAUUAUUUAGUGUGUUGUGUGAUGGACUAUCUUCAUAUUGAAUGUUUCAAAAACCUGACUGUCAAAAGUAGGAGAGGUGUAUACAUAAGGUGUCAAUGUCCUCAAGAGUCUCAUAAAAAUGAAAUUUAUUGAAUAUGUACAGGUCCUACAUGUACUUAUUCAUCCAUCCUAGUAUCUGCAGGAUUAUUUCUCUUAAGUCAAACAUGUGUACUAUACAUUGCAGAUUUUAAAUUAUAAAUUGUAUUAGAUUUUAAAACUUUUUUCAAAGGUAUGUUUUUAUAUUGGUACCCUUUUUAAUGUGUGAAUUUAAACUGUGUAUAUAAAUUGGAACGUAAACAUGGGUUGUAAUAUUCUUGCCAUUUUCUCUUUUGUAUUUGGAAUGAUAAGAAGACUGGUAAUUUUACUUGAAUUGGGCACUUCAAAAGUUUGCUCAUUGUAUCCUGUAUCAAGAUUAUUUUUUCAUGAUCAUGAACAUGAUUCAACUACAGGAUUAUUAUUGCUUUGACAUUCCCUGGGCAAAGUAAAAACUUGACAACUUGGAGACGAGAGGGGGUUGAAGAGUAGAAUCCAUUUGUGGAAAAGAUGUUUAGUUCUGAAAGUUCCACUUUUUGAAGUACCCAAUGCUGCCUCUAAGACAGCUUUCAUUCUGAGAACAUGUAACAUGUUAUGAUAAUCAAGAAAAUUAACAAAAGUAAAACAAGCUCAGGUUUGUCAUUUUUGUUUGACAAUCCAUAAAGAUUGAAUGAUUUUUAAAGAAUGUUGUCCAUCUUUUAAUCAAAGUUAUUCAUACACAUGUAAUGCUAAGAUAUAUGUAUGGAUCUGCAUAUUUAUUGAAUUCUUCCACUGCAGUUGUCAACACUUGUCCAAUGUGAGUAAGCUUUGUUUGUUAAGAGCACAAGAGUAUAUGUAGAUGUACACUUGUACAUAUUUACAAGCAAGAAUAAACAUCAUGAGCAGA